AUGCCGCAAUCAUCCUCCAUAUUCAUGCCCCAGAGAAUCGAAAGGCUACCAACGCUUGGAAGUACACACCACAUUACCAUGAUGAAGGGCACUCAGCUGUUCAUGCUUCUAUUGGGGUCGAUUUGUUGUACUUACGCCUCGCGGUCUGUGGGUGCAGAUGUAACAUCUCUGCUCGAGAACUCAGCUCAUCCGAGAAUCGAGCACCGUCUUGCAGCUGCAUCGAAGUACUCACAGCUCAGCAGUCGCAGUGAUCGCUUGGAGCUUGUGCAUCGAUGUGACCUCGACUACGCGUCUGAUUCGUAUACGGGUGGACAGACUUCUCAUUACGCUCGCGUAACAUUAGGGUCUGAGAGGCCAAUUCUGCUGCUUGAGCAAGUCGAGCAUCUCCUUAGUCGCGUAGAAUGCUCGGUGAGCACGAUCACCAUCGAACUGUCCCAAUCGUUAGACAUCGACGCUACCCGGAAUGAGAUUGCAAGGCUGAGUAAUGGCUAUAUCAUCACUUCCCAUUCAAGCUGUAACGACCAUGGAGAAAGAAUGGCUUACAAUGUCAAGUCUAUCUCCCAUGACCCCAAUUUAACAACCACCUUCGAGGUCGAGGCCGCGUCCCUUGAGUCCUCAUUUAGUCGGUUCACUGUCUCUCUUGCGAAAGGUCGUAAAUCUCAUAUCCUUCGUCCGCAUAGAGAUCUACGGCGGCGUCAGGACCCAUCUCAGACUGGCGUAAGGAGCUCAAUUGAGCCAAUGCCCACUGAGUCAUCCACUCUCGUUCCCACCCCAACCAGAAUCUCUGAAGACACCUCGGCUACUUUCCAUUUGGACAAGACCAUCACGGCCUCUUUAGGGCCAUUUGAGAACAACGCUGGACAGCCGAUUCCCAUCACCGUUGGCUGCAAGAACUGCACCGUAUACGGUGAUAUUGAAUUAGACUGGGUGAACUUCGAUUGGGAUUGUGAUGUUGACGAGCUGAGAGCAGAUGACAUUUCGCUUUCGGAUUGUCUUCAGGGCGGUGAGGUGUCCAUCAGUGCUAAGGGGCUAGGGGCGCGCAUUGAGCUGGAGGCAAACUUGACCAAUACUGCAAGGUGGUCAUGGAAGUUAUAUGAAUUCCCAUUGGGUCUUGCGUACCAGAUUCCCAAACUGGGUACCAUUGGCCUGACCUACUCACCAACCAUCAUCGGUACUUAUUCUCUCGAUGGCAAUGCCUCUGUCAGCACCGGUUUCGACAUCACAGUACCUUCCGAUUCGAAUAUGGUCAUCGACUUCUCUGACUUAUCAAACUCUAGUUCGAGAGGCUUCCAGGAUACAGCUCUUACGCCUAUCCCUUUCUCCUCAGAAGUCUCUCUACAGUCCCUAAGUUUUGGCCUUUCCCUACAACACCGCAUCGGUUUUGGCAUCUCCCUAGAUCCACCAGGCUUUCCAGGACAAGUAGCUAUCGGCGCAGGCGUAUCUCUCGAGAACCCUCAGAUGAGUCUCAACAUUACACCGAUCGCUGGACCUGUAGACGCCUCGUGCAAGCCCCUCGCGGGCAAUACUGAUGUCUCAUCUGAAGACUCGAGUAUCCUUGAGCGGGUCCUAAAUCAUACCUACUCGCUUAACCCUUCUAUCGGGCUCUCGAUCGAUUUUGAUGCUGAGUUCACGACAACCAUCCCUCUCAUAAGCCCUGAACCUCUUGGAUACAAUGUCUAUAAUCACAGCAUGCCGAUCGAAGACUGGGCAACAUGUCUCAACUGGGACCAGAAUAGUGGUACGUAUGUUGAUGCGCAACAAGUUUUCCAGACAGCGAAGCAGCAAGAAGAAGGUAACAGAGGAGGUAAUGGGAACGCAGAUAGUAAUGGAGGAGGCGAUGAAAAUGCAGCAACAUCAGUGGUUCAUAGUAUGUCUGGAAUGUCUGUUUCAGUACAAAGUAUGAUUAUGGCAUGUAUGGUUGUUUGUGGGUUUAUGGUCUUGGGAUAA